AUGCCAUCCGCCCCCCGCCUGAGACCGGUCUAUUUACGGGUCAGGAGGCUCGCAGGCCGCCCACUACCCCGCUUCGAUCCCGACGCCGUCUCAGCCCGCCGAUCGCGCCGCCGUCUGCCACCUCCAGAGGAUCUCCGAUCUCAAGCGCGAGUUCAAGAGAACCAAACCCUUCUUAGGACGUUCGAGACAGUGUUCAAUAGGCUGCAGGCCGACAUCGACCGCAAGGAUGCCGAGACUGCUGCGUUGAAGCAGCGGCUCAAGGAGUCUGAGGCCGUGAAUUCCAAGCUCACCAGGAAGCUCAAGAGUAAUUGUUUGCCGACUGUUGACAAGGUCGAGCCUUUGCUGUCGGUGGGGUUGUUUGAUUCUGUGGUUAAGGAUUGUUGUCGGUCCAUGCAUAGAUUGAGCAAGUUGCUGAUUAGGUUAACAAACAAGUCGGGCUGGGAUUUCGACUCCGGAGUGGAUUUGAUUUACCCAGAUGUUUGUUAUGCCAAACCAGGACAUAAACGGUAUGCCAUCCUAUCCUACAUUUGCUUAGGGAUGUUUGAUGGAUUCGAUUCCGAUACAUUUUGCAGUGAAGAGUGCGAGAUUGAUCUGAAUUUGAGUGAUGGGAGCGAUCAAAGACGAAAUUCAUUGAGGCAAUUCAUCCAGAAUUUGGCAGUUGAUCCAUUAGAGUCUGUGAGAAGAAACCCAGAUUGUGGUUUUGCCAGAUUCUGCAAGAGCAAGUAUGUGCAGCUCAUCAGUAAGUGCACGGAGAGUUCUAUUUUUGGAAAUUUGGACAGUUCUUUGGGCUCGCUGGAACCUGCAAAUCCACUUUAUCAGUUAUUUGUAGACAUGGCCAGCUCGCUAUGGUCGCUUCACAAGUUGGCACAUGCAUAUGAUCCGGAGGUUGAGAUAUUUCAGGUGGAAAGGGGAACAGAAUUCUCUAUGGUUUUCAUGGAGAAUAUUGUAAGAAGUGCUGAUUAUAGGAGGGCAAUCCCAGCCAAAGUAGGGUUUACUGUGGUCCCAGGGUUUCGGGUUGGGAAGACGACAAUACAGUGCCGUGUGUAUUUAGAUGGUGUGAAGGAGGCUUUGUGAUUCCUAAUUCAAUAUAUUGUAAAGCAAAGAUUAGAGAUGUUCCUUCUGUAUAGGGUAACUGGAAGGGCAUAAAACAAGAUUGUACUGAUAACUUUAAGUAUUACACCUUCUAAUGAAGAAAACACAUUGAAUUUAUUGUUUUGAUGAGAGUUUGUCAAUUUUACCGGACCAAACUUUGGUGCUCGUUUGGUGGGAGGUAUAUUGGGUAAAUGGUUAUUGAUUGUGAUACAUUCAUUCAAUAUUAUCUUCCUUCUCCGAGCUUUCCGGCGCUAGCAACAGUUGCCUCUAUCCUGACCAUGACGUUGCAGCUGGAUAUGCAAAAAAUCAACACUUUCUGGACUCUGCCUUUGAAAUAUAAAUACUCUAUGGAGGCCCUUCUGUUCUAAAUUGUUUUAAACCGAUCUGUGAUGGUCAUCAAUCUCUAAAGAGCAGCACCAGGUAUGUGAUUACUAAACCCUUUCAUUUAUCUGCCUGUAUGUUGUGAGUAUUUCUCAUCAAGACAUAUUAAUAUGUAUUAAAUAUCCUUCAUUAAACUUUUGUUUGACAGAAGGAAUUAAAGUUGGUUGUAAUCGGAUCUGUCAAUU